AUGGCGGAAACAUGCCACGGGCUUGGCCUCAUCUCCCUGUCCUCUCCCUCAGGGAUCAGAGUCACGGAGGUGGACUGGCAGUGGCCAAGGAAUGGUGCUGCCCACCACACCCAGGAGUACCCCGGCCCCGAGCUGGUGGUUCGCAGGGGCCAGAUGUUCACCUUCAUGCUGGAGCUGAACUGUGCCCUGGACAGCAAGGACACCCUCAUCUUCACGGUGGAGACAGGGCCCCAGGCUUCUGAGGCUCUCGGCACCAAAGCCGUGUUCCCGACAUCGGAGCUGGAGGUGGGAAAUGCCUGGACAGCAGUGAGGGCGGCUCAGAAGGGGAAAACAGUGACCAUCAAGGUCACCAGCCCUCCCGAUGCCGUCAUUGGCCGCUACCGGCUGAGCGCCAGGCUUUCCUCUCGCCGCAAACACAGUGACCGGAAGCUGGGCGAGUUUGUUCUCCUUUUCAACCCCUGGUGCCCAGAGGAUGAUGUGUUUCUGGCCUCAGAGGAGGAGAGACAGGAGUACGUGCUCAAUGACAGCGGGAUCAUCUUCCGCGGCGUGGAGAAGUGCAUCCGAGCCCAAGGCUGGAACUUCGGGCAGUUUGAGGAGGACAUCCUGAACAUUUGCCUCUCCAUCCUGGACCGAAGCCCCAGUCACCAAAACAACCCGGCCACCGAUGUGUCCUGCCGCCACGACCCCGUCUACGUCACCAGGAUCAUCAGCGCCAUGGUGAACAGCAACAACGACCGGGGCGUGGUUCAAGGCCAGUGGCAGGGCAAGUACGGCGGCGGCACCAGCCCGCUGCACUGGCGCGGCAGCGUGGCCAUCCUGCACAAGUGGUUCAAGGGCAGGUUCAAGCCAGUCAAAUACGGCCAGUGUUGGGUCUUCGCUGGAGUCAUGUGCACAGUCCUUAGGUGCUUAGGGAUCGCGACACGGGUUGUGUCCAACUUUAACUCGGCCCAUGACACAGACAGGAACCUGAGUGUGGACAAAUACGUGGACUCCUUCGGGCGGACCCUGGAGGACCUGACGGAAGACAGCAUGUGGAAUUUCCAUGUCUGGAAUGAGAGCUGGUUUGCCCGGCAGGACCUGGGCCCCUCUUACAAUGGCUGGCAGGUUCUGGAUGCCACCCCCCAGGAGGAGAGCGAAGGCGUGUUCCGGUGCGGUCCGGCCUCAGUCACUGCCAUCCGUGAGGGCGACGUGCACCUGGCCCACGAUGGCCCCUUUGUGUUUGCGGAGGUCAAUGCAGACUACAUCACCUGGCUCUGGAACGAGGAUGACAGCAGGGAACGUGUGUAUUCAGACACGAAGAAGAUUGGGAGGUGCAUCAGCACCAAGGCUGUGGGCAGCAACUCCCGCGUAGACAUCACGGGCCUCUACAAGUACCCAGAGGGGUCCCGGAAGGAGAGGCAGGUGUACUGCAAGGCCGUGAGGAAGCUGUUCGGAGUGGAAGCCUCUGGGAGGAGGGCCCGGGUCCGCAGGGGCGGCGGCCGCGGUCUCUGGCGCGAUGACCUGCUGGAGCCCGCCACCAAGCCCAGCAUCGCGGGCAAGUUCAAGGUGCUGGAGCCGCCCAUGCUGGGCCACGACCUCAAGCUGGCCCUGAGCCUGACCAACCUCACCUCGCGGGCCCAGCGGGUCCGAGUCAACGUGAGCUGUGCCACCAUCCUCUACACCCGCAGGCCGGUGGCCGAGAUCCUGCGGGACUCCCAGGCGGUGCGGCUGGGGCCCGAAGAAGAGAGAAAGAUCCCAAUCACAAUAUCUUACUCUCAAUAUAAGGAAGACCUGACAGAGGACAAGAAGAUCCUGUUGGCUGCCAUGUGCCUUGUCACCAAAGGAGAGAAGCUCCUGGUAGAAAAGGACAUUACUCUGGAGGACUUCAUCACCAUCAAGGUGCUGGGCCCGGCCAUGGUGGGGGUAGCAGUUGUAGUGGAAGUGAUGGUGGUCAACCCCCUCUUGGAGAAAGUAAAAGGCGGUAUGCUGAUGGUGGAGGGCAGUGGCCUUCUCCAGGGACAGCUCAGCAUUGAUGUACCCAGCCUGGAGCCCCAGGAGAGGGCCUUGGUCCAGUUCAACAUCACCCCCUCCAAGAGUGGCCUAAGGCAGCUGCAGGUGGACUUUGUCAGCCCCCAAUUCUCAGACAUCAAGGGCUUUGUGAUCAUUCACGUGGCCACAGCCAAGUGAUGGGCCACAAGGGGCUGAGAGCAGAGGAGAUGGCUCCCGUUCCUCUUCCAUCCACCUUUUUGUCUCUGCCAUGUGGAAGCCAGGAGCCCUGGGUUCAAGUCCUGCUUCAACUUCUGCCCCACUCUGUGAACUUGGGCAAGUCCCUUCCCCUCUUGGACCUUGAUUUCCUGUCUGUAAAAUGAGGUCUUAGACUCAGUAAUCCUUAUACUUUUGGACAAUGGUGGAUUAUGUAGGGAGCCUUUACCAUCUUCAUCUCAUCACCCUGGUUGCUGGAGGCUGACAGAUCAAGCAUCAAAGUAACCCCAACCCACCUGGCACUGCCACCUCCUGGCAGGCAGAUCACGGUCACCUUGGCUAACUCCUGGUUCUCAUUGCUUCUCUCUUAGCUCUUCAAUGCUCUGACCACAACCAGACCCAAAACUUUUCUCCUGGCUCUUACAAAGAACCCAAAAGUUUUUAAGCUAAAACCUAAAUGUUUCUUAACACCCCCGUUUUACAUAGAGUGAGGAGCCUUGACUACACACUUGUGCUUGCCAUUUACACCCUCUAAAUUUUACCCCAAAGUCAUGUUCCUUAAGAGCAUUAGAUUUGAAGGGAUGGGAGAUUUUCUCUCAAUGAAGACCCAGGCCCAGAAUCCGAAGGGUUACUUCUGCCUAGAAGAAGCUAAAGAUAGAAAAGGAGCCAUGAAGACUGGGUUACAUUUGGGUAUUCAGCCCCAAAUCUGAUCUAGUUAUGGUCAUAAAUGACCUCAUGCAACCAGCCCAGUGUUGAUUUACUUCUUUGGAACCAGGAGAGUGUUGACUUUGCAGAACACCCCCAAGCAGCUUAGCUAUGCACAAUCACACUCUUAGCAUCAAACAGGACAGAGAGCCCUGGGAUGAGGACCAGCAUGAAGACUUCCAGGUUCUGAAGAUAACCACACCAGACAUGAAAAUCAGCUCAAAAAUGUUCUACACAGUCAAAGGAAUGAUAAUUAACCACAUAACUGAAGACUAGAGUGAAGGAAUAAAUUGGAGUCACAAUAGUCAAGCUACUAAAUUAUUAAAAUAAAGUAGACUGAAGCAUGAGGAAACAAUUCUAUUCUUUUUUUAAAUAUAUUUGUUAUUGAUUUCAGAGAGAAAGAGAGAGGGAGAGAUAGAAACAUAAACGAUGAGAGAGAAUCAUUU